AAGCAGGCGCUGUCGCAGGCGCAGAAGUCCAUCGAUCGCGUGCUGGACAUCCAGGCCGAGGAGAGCCCCUGGCCCGACGCCGUCAUCCCCGACUACGGCGACGGAACAAAUUCUCUCAUAAGUGGAGGAUGGGAUACAUCUUCCUGGGGCUUGAGUUCAAAUGCAGAGCCCCAGAACCAGCCGAUCUCGCCCACAGCAAUCACCAAACCAGUGAGGAGAACAGUAGUGGAUGAAUCCGAAAACUUCUUCAGUGCCUUUCUCUCUCCGACAGAUGUUCAGAGUAUACAGAAAAAUCCAGUGGUGUCCAAACCUCCAGCCAAAUCCCAGCGACCCAAGGAGGAGGUGAAAAGCACUUUGAAGGAGUCCCAGCACCCCAGUCAGCUGGAAGUGCCAGUGACAACAGAGGCAGAAGUGAAGGAUUCCUCUGUAGCUGUCCUGGACUUGAAAAACCUUGACAUUCCCAAGGACAAAUUAGAAGAGAAUUCUGUACUUGAAUCUGAUGCCAAACAUGAAGAAAGCACAAAUGAAGUUACUGAGAAGAAGGUGUCUGCUCUAAAUUUGGAAGAACCUGAAGAUGUUCCUAGUGAAAAAUGCAGCACAGGAGGGGAUGGAGCAGCAGGUGCACCCGAGGGUACAUCACAGCCUCUUGGUGCAGGCACCAAAGAGAUGAGUUUGGAAGGGAAGGAGCGAAAGCCUGAGGACAGACAAAGCAAUACCCCAUCACCUCCCAUUAGCACUUUCUCCUCAGGCACUUCCACAACUAGUGAUAUUGAAGUUCUGGAUCAUGAAAGUGUGAUAAGUGAGAGCUCAGUGAGUUCAAGACAAGAAAAUGCAGAUUCCAAAUCCAGCCUUCACCUCAUGCAGACAUCAUUCCAGCUCUUAUCCACGUCUGCCUGUGCGGAUUAUAAUCGUUUAGAUGACUUCCAAAAAAUGACUGAGAGCUGUGGCUCCUCUGAUGCCUUUGAAAGGAUUGAUUCAUUCAGUGUACAGUCUUUGGACAGCAGAAGUGUGAGUGAAAUAAAUUCAGAUGAUGAGUUAUCAGGCAGAGCUUCUGCCUCGGUGUCUGUCGCUGUCAGUCCUGCUGCUGCGCCCAAGGCGGAAACGGUUGAUGCCCUGAAAAAUAAAUCUGAAAUCUUAACUGACAGUCCUAUUUUACAUGCUGAGGAAGCUGAGAUGGAGGAGAGUGGGAGAAGUGCAACUCCUGUUAACUCUGAGCAGCCAGAUGUGCUGGUUGCUGCUGUGCAAGCUGCUGAGGAACAGGCUGUGGAAGAGGAGGCCGAGCCACCAAAGGAUGCUCCGGAAAAAGUGGUAGAAGAGGACACUGAAAAGCAAGAGCUUCAAAAGAUGAUUGAUUCAUUAACUGAGAAACUGGAGAAGAGGGAAAUACAGUUGCUAAGUGCCAGUAAAGAAAAGGCACGACUGGAAGAAGCUUAUGAUAACCUAAAAGAUGAAAUGUUCAGAACCAAAGAAGAGAGCAGUAGCCUUUCAUCCCUUAAAGAGGAGUUUGCUCAGCGCAUUGCAGAUGCUGAGAAGAAGCUCCAGUUAGCCUGCAAGGAGAGGGAUGCAGCUAAAAAGGAAGUAAAGACUAUUAAAGAAGAAUUGGCUACUAGACUUAAUACCAAUGAAACUACUGAAUUGCUGAAAGAAAAAGAAGAGCAAAUCAAAGGAUUAAUGGAGGAAGGAGAAAAGCUUUCCAAACAGCAGCUGCACAAUUCCAACAUUAUUAAGAAAUUAAGAGCCAAAGAGAAAGAGAGAGAGAAUAUUAACACAAAACAGAACAAAAAGAUUAAAGAAUUGGAAGAGGAGUUGCAGCACUUGAAACAGGUGCUUGAUGGCAAGGAGGACCUGGAGAAGCAGCAUCGAGACAGCAUUAAACAGCUGAACAGUGUUGUAGAGAGACAAGAAAAGGAUCUUGCCAAACUUCAGGCUGAAGCAGAAAACCUUGAAGAAAGGAACAGAAGUGUCCAGGCAGCACUUGACAGUGCAUACAAGGAACUUGCAGAUCUUCAUAAAGCUAAUGCUACAAAGGACAGUGAGGCUCAGGAAGCAGCCCUAAGUCGGGAAAUGAAGGCAAAGGAAGAGCUUGGGUUAGCUCUGGAGAAGGCCCAGGAUGAGGCUCGGCAGCAACAAGAAGCUUUGGCAAUUCAGGUGGCAGACCUGAGAUUAGCACUGCAACGUGCAGAGCAGCAAGCAGCAAGAAAAGAAGAUUAUUUACGCCAGGAAAUUGGUGAACUACAACAGAGACUCCAGGAAGCAGAGAGCAGGAACCAGGAGCUAAGCCAAAGUGUUACAUCUGCCACACGACCUCUUCUGCGGCAGAUCGAAAACCUGCAAGCCACGCUGGGAGCACAGACCUCUGCCUGGGAAAAGCUGGAAAAAAACCUUUCUGACAGGCUGGGUGAGUCUCAGACUCUUCUAGCAGCAGCUGCUGAGAGAGAACGAGCUGCUACAGAAGAACUUCUUGCUAAUAAAAUUCAGAUGUCUUCUUCUGAGUCUCAGAAUAGUCUUUUAAGGCAAGAAAAUACACGUCUUCAGGCUCAGCUGGAGGUGGAGAGAAACAAAUUGAAGAAAAUGGAGAAUGAAAACAGUAGGUAUGCGGUUGAACUAGAAGGGCUCAAAGAUGAGUAUGCAAAAACCUUGGAAGAUGCAAAGAAAGAAAAGGCACUGUUAGCUACUCAGUUAGAAAUGGAGAAGAUGAAAGUUGAACAGGAAAAGAAGAAGGCAAUUCUUGUGCAAGAUGCAGCAAAGGAGAAGGAUCGGAAAUCAUUUACAGUCGAAACUGUUUCGAGUACUCCAUCAAUGUCACGCUCUAGUUCCAUCAGUGGGGUGGACAUGGCAGGUCUUCAGACCUCUUUCCUCUCACAGGAUGAUCCUCAUGAUCACUCGUUUGGACCAACAGCCACUAGUGGGAGCAAUCUGUAUGAUGCUAUAAGGAUGGGAGCAGGUUCAAGUAUAAUUGAAAACCUUCAGUCACAGCUGAAACUAAGAGAAGGAGAGAUUUCACAUCUACAG